GCGUGUCCAAACAUAGCGCUGCGAGUGCGCGGCAGCAACACGCGGCAAUCGCGAGACACAGCUCUGAUGCGCGACUAGUGUAGACAUCCCAGAAAUGUGUGCGCGGCAAUACUGCGCGGCAUGUCCUAGACACGCUGUGCUCUCAGUUUGCAUUCGAUCCAAAAUGAAAGCGGCCGCGUGUGUUGUAGCUCUACUUAUUAUUCGAAAAUUACGCAGAAGGAAGAGACUGAAAAAAACAAGGCAAUGCUGGAUACGACCACUUUUCCAACAGAGGGUAAAGAAUUUGAAAGUGAUUAAUUAUGAAAUCCACUAUCGAACAACACAGUUUUUAAGAUUGACCUUGGAAGAAUUUGAACAUAUACAUACACUGGUGGAACCAUUUAUUAAAAAAACUGAUACACACUGGCGUGUAGCAAUAACGACGAAAGAGAGACUCGCAAUAACUUUGCGAUAUUUGGCCACAGGAGACUCAUAUACUAGUCUACAAUAUAUAUUUCACGUGUCAAAGCAAACAAUCUCAAAAAUAGUCCCAGAGGUGUGCGAUGCCCUAGUGAAAGCUCUGAAGGAUGUGAUAAAGUUACCAGUAUCGGAACAAGAUUGGAAGAUAGUCUCUAAAGAAUUCGAGGAAAAAUGGAAUUUCCCACAUGUCAUCGGUGCUUUGGACGGAAAACAUAUAACUAUUCAGGCUCCUUUUAGAAGCGGCACCGAGUAUUACAAUUAUAAAAAAUAUUUUAGUAUUGUACUUUUAGCAUUAGUAGACUCAAAUUACAAUUUUAUGUACGUUAACGUUGGAAGUCAAGGUCGAAUAUCAGAUGGAGGCGUUUUUAAACAUUGUGAAUUGUACCGAAAGUUAGAAAAUAAUCAACUUAAUGUACCAGCACCAGAAAUUUUAAAUAUACCCUACACAACAAAAGUACCCUAUGUCAUAUUAGGAGAUCAAGCUUUUGCUUUAACUAAAUAUAUGUUGACACCUUUUGCAGGAAUUCAUUCAAAAGGGUCUAAAGAACGGAUUUUUAACUACAGACUAUCGAGAGCACGUAGAGUAGUUGAAAAUGCUUUUGGUAUUUUGGCGUCUAAAUUUAGAGUACUGAGAAAUGCAAUUAUGUUAAACCCAACAUCAGCUAAAAAGGUAGUUCUAGCUGCUGUUCACUUGCAUAAUUUUCUUCGAAACAGCUCUUCAAUAACAACCUCUAAUAACUCAAUGAAUGAAUCAGUUACUUUAACACCGAACGAAUGUAUAGGUGGCACUCCAACCGAUAUUCGUAAUUUUUUGGCAGAACAUUUUAUGGCAAACGGGUCGAUUAUUUGGCAAGAUAGAUAUUAAAUAAUUACGUUAUGAGAAACUAGAUGACGCCCGCGACUUCGUCCGCGUGAAUUUAUUUUUUAAAAUCCCUCGGGAACUCUUUGAUUUUCCGGGAUAAAAAGUAGCCUAUGUCACUCU